ACUAGAAACACAAUUGUUAUGAAUGAGAUAGGAGAAACUUCAUUGCGUUUGCACUAGUGAUACUACGGUAGCAUCCAAGGGGUGUACACACAUGAUCGGUUGAUAGAGGUAGCUAGUUCUCUGUGUAAAUCAGUUGUGCGCUGACUUCUAGUUUAUAUUUUGGGGGUGUGGGGGAAGAAUGAAAGAGGUCUUCCACCAAAACGGACGAAAUCAUGAACGGCGCCGUAUACAUUUCGUUUUUUCAAGGUCAGCUGGAAUCUGCACUAGAGCAAGUAGUGCAACUCGCAGUCCAGGAAAUAACCAAGACUGUUGGGUCAAGCUUGAGUUCUGUGUUAAUGAAAACGGCCGUCAAAGAACAAGAAAACCAACGACUUAAGUUAAAGCUUCAAUCACUGGAGUUUGAAUGUAAUGGGGUAGAAAAUGGAGCCGCGUUCAACGGUGGCAUGGAAGACAACGCGGCCACGGAUCGAACAAAGCCCGAGACACACACCCCCAGCCACGGCACAGAGCACGGCGUGCACGCAAACACUCAAAGACUGGAUCAAAAAGGACGAGUAGUGGGUCAGCUAAAGAUGGUCAUGGAGCAUGUGCUGGAGUUUGCUGUGUGCGAGCUGACUAAAAUCGUGGAGGCCAGUUUUGACGACCUGCUCCUGGAGAUGACCAAGAAAGAGCGGGAGCACAGCGCUCUGGAGGAGCAGUUACGCCGCGUGGCUCACCAGGAGAACGGGAAGGGUGGAGUGUCGAGGAGGUGUGGGUCGGAAAACAACACAGCAUUUCCCAGUGGCUCAGAGGACACUAGGCAGGAAUCUAGAAACGUCACAGUCAAAAUUGUCCGGGGACCAAGGGAGCAAACGGAGACAACAAAUGACAGUGACAAGCAGGCUGUCCUGACUGUAGCCCAGGACUGGGUCCCCAUCCUGGACAAGGUGUUUGGGCAGAAGUGGUGCAGUGACCUGUGGCAAAUCAAAGAGCUGGCUUCAGGGAAGGCGGGUGAGGAGAGGACUGGGGGAUCUGGGCUGGGGAUUGUGGGCUCCUUCCCCAGUCUGAACGCCCUGAUCCGUGAGAACCUGGAGCCCACCCCCACCAUCCCCCUGCAAGACCCCCAGUGGAUGCCUCUGGAGGACAUGGAGGUCCUCUCCUCGACCUUGGACACUCCGCAAGACCCUCCUGCUUCCAUAAGCACCACAGCCACAGUUGAGGAGUCCCUCAGGUCUCCGUCGAUGCUUCACCGGCUCCUCACACUCCCCGCUCAGCUCCUAGAGGAAGACGAGAACACCAUGGAAACCAUCCCCCUGCUCCCGGACGCGUCACCUGGCAGAGCAGCUGUGCGCCGGCAAAACACAGAAUCUCCUAACCAAAGCUGCCCAUCUCCUCCCAAGAAAAAGGUUGCUGUUUCACAGGAGGAGGAGGAGGAAGACGAAGAGGACGAAGAGAAGGAAGACAAAGGGACAACGACGCUGGACUCAAAGGUGAAGACCGUGCCUCUCAAAGGCAGGAAGGGUUACGAGUGUAAAGAAUGCGGCAAGAAGUUCAGCCGAGCGCCGCUCCUGAAAGCUCACCAGCAGACACAUAUCAGCACAGCACUGGCGACGACGACAGCAAUCUGCUGUUCCGAGUGCGGGAAACACUUCUCCCAGGCAUCCCGGCUACAGGCGCACCUACGAACACACACUGGGAAAAAGUCUUGAGCAGAUGGAAAAGGGAAUUGGAAGAUUGAAGCAACAAAAAAAAGAGAAUUUGGAAUCAAAGUUUAUCUUCAGUCCAUAUCUCACAUCUAGCCAUAUCAGUAGCAGGAGGGUCACCGGUACUCGAGUUCAUACAUUUGAGUUCACUUUUAAGUACCGUAAGUCAGGAAUCGGGGGCAUUUUUUCCAGGUACAGUUUUGCUGACUGCUGUUUCUUAAUUGUUACCACCAUUUUGAUUUCUUACAUGUGGCGACAAGGUAAAUACUUUGUAAUGAUUUGGGAUUGGAUCUCGCUGGUAGUUGUGUUUAGUAUGUAUCGCCAUUGUACAUUCUUUAUAGCAUGGGACAGUGGCGCUCACAACAAAACAACGAAGUUACAAUUUUAAGUGAUCUUUUUACUUUUCUCAAUAUACUUUUCUACGUUUUUGGAAUAUCAAACUGGUCUCUUUGUGCUUUAUUAUUUCACAUCAAGUUUAUUUGCUAUACCGGAGGCCAUGAUCUUGGCUUUUGUGGACUCCAACUUCAAUGAACAUUACACUGAUUUGUGAGAAUUGUAUCUUUCAGUGGCAGAAGCGUUGUCUCUUCUUCCCAGUGCUACAAGCAGUGACUCGAUUUCAAAGGGCGUAUGUGCCCAAGGUAAAGGGGGAGAGAGACAGACUGCUGGAGUCAAUAGCAGAGGUAAUACCUUUGUUUUGCUUACCUUUGAAUGUGGAAAGAACCUGGUAUUUCUCUUUACCUUCUUCAUGCAAUUCACUAUUUACAGUCCUCACUUGACAGUAUUUUAAUUUUUUCACUCAACAUAAAUACCUCCUUUAAACAGUCAAAUAACAUAAGUUUGAUAAAGGUAUUGUUACAUUGGUAGCCCUUUGUUUUUAAAAAAUAAAGAACCACAGAUUCAGAACAAUUCAGAACAUCGUGCGAUUUACUCCUGAAUCACAAGUCUACAGACCUCUAGUUGAUGACUAGCACAAGCUGUGUGACGAUGACAUGGCCCUCUUGGGUUUUUCUACAUCCUAUCCAUGUCUGCCCUAGGACCAUUCCUGACAAGUCUACGAAGAUAAAGUGAGGGAAAGAAUGGGAAUCUCGCCCUCGUGCUGAUUUGUGCAGGCUGGGUUUUCAAGUGUCAUGGGAAGUAGAGAAAUACCACAUUGAUGAAACACACUUUUUGGUUUGUUUUAUUUGUCUUGUUUGACCUCCGGAUGAGUCAAAUGGAUGUGGAGCAUCUGAUUGGACAUCAGGAAUAUUGUUUCUGCUCAUAUCGCCAUGCCUAACAGAAUACUUUGUUGGAACAUAAAAUAUUGAAGGGAGGGGCAUUCUAAUAAGGGAUGGGUGGGGGGUUGAGGGGUUGAGGGGCAGGGUUGUAUAGAUUUGAGACAUACUGGUGUUUGCAGGAUUGCUCUUUGCUUUUCUACAACUAUCUUGGGAGGCAAACACUGUUUAAGCCCCUCUGCCAGAUUCCUUAAGUAUCGUAGCGUCUUCCCAUUUUGAUUGUGCUUUGUCUCUUGUAGAUGCGCCCCGCAGCUUGUAGUGCUGAGUGAUAAGUGCUUUUUGAGGUCGGUUUAGUUUUGGUUCGGUUUUUAAAAAAAACAUUAAAUGCAUUGUGGGUUGAAUGCUGUAACACCAGAAUAAAACAAUUAAAGUCACAUGAUACUGCUUAUCACUUAUUAACAAUUUAUUUACAUGACUUUAGUUUAAUAAAAUAUUUAAGUUGUGUAUAUCAUUUGUUUUUAUUUGAUGGCUUUAUUUAAUUCCAAGUCAUCUCAAAUCUCUAGAGCUCUGACAAUUACUAUUUUAGUAGUUCUUCAAAGUAAAUAACGCAUACUUUUAUGACUUCUGAAUACCAACUAUCAAUGACUUAGAUCAUGUAUUUUCAGGUAGAGAUAUCUCGAAGCAACUGCUCUCUCUCGCUCUUGAUUGCACUCUCUCUUUCUCUCUCUGCCCCCACACUAACCUAACGUAGCGAAAAACACAGGCGGGACAAGUAGGCACGCAAUGGAUUAUGGUCAUAGAAGUUAAUUACCACGAUUUCCGUGCCAAACAAUGUAUUUUGGUUUGUUGUAAACUGCAACUCCCUACUAUAUCGCACAGUUUAGGCUUGAAAUGAUUUAUCUUUAGAGAAACGUUGCAAUGUGCACAUUGAGCUGACAGUAAAAAAAGCUAAAUGGAAUUCAAAUAAUUUUACAAUCGGUCAAUUAGUUAUUUAGAAACUGAAAAAUAACUGAAAUGAUGGUUAAUCACUCGGCACAAAAGCAUGAAUGUAAUAGCAAGCAAUACUCUGUACCAUUGAGACCAUGGUAAUGUUACAUAUUCAUGGCGAAGCCAGUAACCUAUCGUUGAAGAUGUACAUGCACUUCAAACUACAAUCGAUGAAAAGUAAUACUCAUCUCUUCCGUAAUCCACUGGAUUUGUUUUGUCUUCCUCAGGGAAGGUUGUUUCUGUGGCUCUGUUUAAGGCAUCAGGCCGGCUUCUACACCAGAGCGGGAAACCCACGGCAAUGUCCCAGUCCAUUGUAGUCGUACUCACCUGCCCACUGACUUUCUGUUAAAUUAGUCGUACUAGCGCUGUUCUGAAUUUGUGCUCCUGCGCUACCUUUUCAUAUUUUGCUGAAUUGUAGCCACAGAUUACAUCUUAGUUUACACUCCCUUGUGCUUUAACUCAUGUAAGUCCUUGACAUAAGUGUAGAUCAAUUAUUAUGUAUCAGAAAACAUCAGGACCAUGUGCUCUAAUUCUAUCGGAAUCUGAGAAGACGAUAGAUUACAAAAGAUAUGGGUCUUUCAUUCAGGUCAAACCAGCAUCAAAGUUUACAUGGGCACAAUUUAAUGAUUUGGUACACAACCUCUCGCAUCUUCAACUGUAGCCAAUUUAAAGAAAUUGCAUGCAACGUAUUCACAUUUUCAUGAGAUACAAUGUAUGGAGAGAAUUUCCCUCCUUGACUUCAGGGUUGUAACCAAUGUGCAAAUUGAUGAUUUUAAAGUGUUUAAGACUGGUCUCUAAUGCAAAAGAGCAUUAUUGGCAAAAGAGCUGAACUGAUUAUUGGAAAAUAUAAUUGGCCUGCCUAUGUAAACACAGCCUAAGACUGAAACAUUGUAGAAACCCUUAAAGGCUUUAAGCGGUCGAAAAUGUAUGUUGCUGAUUGUAUCUGCAGCCAGUGCUGCACACUUGCAAUUAAUGACUUGCUAUUGAUGAUUGGCCUAUCUAGAACUCACAGUGCACUUCAUUCCCACUAAAAGCAGUGUACAUUACCACUCAAAACACGUUUGUGCUCCGCAGUAAGCUAACCUUGAACAGUGCCGAAUUGCACAUUUCAAGUGGAUUGGUGUGACGCAUCAGUAUUUAAGCUUUUGUUUUGUCUGAACUCCAUUCAUUGGAACUGUAAACUUGACAUCGGCUUUGUUUUACUUCUCAAUGUUAGCCAUACCUGGACCCAGUCUUUCUCCAAUCUAGCACUUUGCUCUCGCAUUGAUGAUGUUGUCUCCUAAUGCCCGCUAAGUGUAAUCAAGACUUAACACACCUCUUGAAAGAGUUGUGACAACUGUGUUCAAAUGCCUCAUUGUUGUUUUUGCUUUUGCUAAUGAAUCACCCAACCACUUUUCUUCAAAUGCCUACUCUGACACGUGUUCUUCUAAUUUAUAGCACUUUUAUUUUUGCUGUAACUUUACAAGACCUCCAUACCUCAUUUUGAACAUCAGAAAAGAGUAAACACAGCAAAUUGGUUAUUUGAAACACCAUUACCUCAGUAUUGUAAUAUCACAAAUAUGAAUUUGUCUGCAUGACAGUAGAAUAAUGUUUCAUUGGCGUUAACUAGCACAACCUUAAGGAUUCCUACCAAAACAGUUCACUAUUAAGCCAUGUUCUCUUCCUUUGUCACAUGGGCAUACAGGUAACUGCCACAAUAAUGGAAACACUUGAGUAUAUGAGGGAUACAAAGUAAAUUGAAAGCAGGUCAUUCACAACCCAUCAUGCUUAGGGUCAUGUAUAAAAAUGCUGGGCAGGCCAUUAUUUUGGUUACCGUGGUUGUGCCCCCAUAGGAUGACAAUUCCCCAUCCACAGGGCAUGAGUGGUCACUGAAUGUUUUGAAGAGGAUGAAAAUGUAGACCAUAUGCCAUGGCUGUCUCAGUCACCAGAUCUCAACCCAAUUUGACAAUUAUUUCUCAUGGGAGAAUGGUGUCUCAUCCCUCUGAUAGAGUUCCAGACACUUGUAGAAUCUAUGCCAAGGUGCAUUGAAGCUGUUCUGGGUCGUGGUGGCCCAACACCCUAUUAAAGACGCUUUCUUUAUUUUGGCGGUUACCUGUUUGUAAGGUUGCAAACAUUGAUGUAACUAAAUAACAUUUGUGUGGGUCCCCUGGCAAAGAUGGCUCACUGCAGAAAUGUAGGACAUUUUAAUAUCACACAUGUCACAGAGGCAACUAUUAUCCUUAUGCACGUAACAGAGGGAUGUAGUUAUAACAUACGAACAGCAUGCACACAGAUUUGUCGUCAUUAAAAGUGCAUUCAAUCGAGCACUGCAUUAUUGUAAAGAAAUCUUGUGUGUCUGCUUCUAGACAUUUUAUUUAGGCUAUUUCCUGAAAAGUGGUAGAAUGGUUCCCUUUUAGAAGUAAUAUAAACUGAGUAAAGCCUCAUCCUCAUUUGAACCAAAUGUGAAGGAGGUGCAAAAUUUAUUAAAAGAAGGGAUGAACUGAAUUGUGAUGCAACAUUUUGAAAGAGGGAAUUAAAUGGAGUAGAUAGUUUUUUUAAAUAAUUCAUGAUUUGUUGUGUUUUUCUUAAGUAUUCGAAUUAUGUUUAAUCCAGGGAACAUGUGCAGAUUUCAAAUUGAUAUCCAACUUAAACAAUUAUUUCAAAUAAGGAUUUUAUUUAUUUUAUGUUCCAUUUGUGACAUUGUAAAAUUGUUUUAGUUCUUCACUCAAUUAUAUUCUGAUGUGUUCGAUUGUAGGACAUACAGAUGUAAGAUUAAUAUGAGCCAGUUUGCUGCAGAAACAGGAAAUUAGAAUUGUGGAUUAUAAUUAAAUUCAUUUUUGUAGGGGUUGAUUAUAUUUUUCGUAAGGGAAAAUCAAGUAACAUUUUAAAGUGGAAAUGAAACUUCAGAAGCCUUUUUACAUGUUUGAAAUGUCCUGUAUUGCAAUAAAGUUCUGCA